AAGUAAAAGCCACCGGUGAUAAUAGAGGAGAGUCACAUCCUGUCUCAUGAUCUCAUCACCUUCGCUUUCCUUCUUAUUAUUCUUUCUAUUAAACUAACAUAACUGAACCUGGCUGCUGCAAUCACCUUUCACCUCUGCCCUCUCUCUUACUAUUAUUUUUAUUUUCACUUCAUGACACAUCCUUCUCCUCUAUAUCAAUCGAUCCCUACCUUCUAUUCUUCUUCUUCUUCUUCUUAUGGCUUGUUUAAAUGAUCAGAGCUGGGCUCCUUCCCUUCCCGAAAUGCUCUCCACACGCUUAUCUUUCAAAGAGGAUAUAGAAAAUGGAGAAAUAGAUGCCAAUUCUACACCUUUCCCAUUUGAGAAGGUCUUUCCUGUUUAUGCAAUGGGGGUUUCCAAACCCAACUCCGACCCUGUUGUAUUGCCUGUCGAUUCGGCUGACCCGAUUUGGGAUGCCGUGAGAGAAGAGGCCAAGUUGGAGGCAGAAAAAGAACCGAUUCUAAGUAGCUUCUUGUACGCCAGUAUCUUGUCCCAUGAUUGCUUAGAGCAAGCACUGGCAUUUGUUCUUGCAAAUCGACUUCAAAAUCCAACUCUCUUGGCAACUCAAAUGUUAGACACAAUUUCUUAUGUAAUAACGAAUGAUAGAGGUAUUCAGCGUUCAAUUCGAUUAGAUAUGCAGGCAUUUAAAGAUCGAGAUCCUGCUUGUUUAUCAUAUUGCUCCGCUUUACUAUAUCUAAAGGGUUACCAUUCUCUACAAUCCUAUCGAGUAGCACAUGUUUUGUGGAACCAAGGACGAAAAGUAUUGGCCUUGGCAUUACAAAGUCGAAUAAGUGAGGUAGUUUUUGGAGUUGACAUACAUCCAGCUGCCAGAAUUGGAGAUGGUAUAUUAUUAGAUCAUGGGACUGGUGUGGUUAUCGGUGAAACUGCUGUUGUAGGAAACAGGGUAUCGAUGAUGCAUGGUGUUACUUUAGGAGGGACUGGCAAAGAAGUAGGUGAUCGCCAUCCAAAAGUAGGUGAUGGGGCACUGAUUGGAGCAUGUUCAACAAUACUUGGGAAUAUUAGAAUAGGUGAAGGGGCUAUGAUAGCUGCUGGUUCUCUUGUACUAAAGAAUGUUGAUCCACACAGCAUGAUGGCAGGAAUACCAGCAACUGUUAUAGGGUAUGUGGAUGAGAAACAUCCAUCCCUCACAAUGAAGCAUGAUGCUUCAAAAGAAUUCUUCAAACAUCUAGCUGUUACAUUUAGAAGGGGAAAAUGCAGUGCAGCUCAGGAUCAGGGGAAAAAUGAUGAAGGGACCUAAACGAUUUUAGGUGUACGUCUCCUUUCCCAGGUGCAAAUUCUCUAGAGGGAGGUGUUAUUUACAAAAUAACUAAAGAUAAAAGUUACAUUAGUUCUUGUACUAGGUGAUCCUUUGAGGAGCAUUAUUGAAAUGUAAGUUGAGAUAUGGAGCUUUGAAAAUUUUUCCACUGUUCAGGUUGAAGAACCUGGUGUUUGUUUCCUGCACCCGGUGUAAACAAGCUAAAUGAGGUUCUUACUGCUAUAGAAUGAAGUAGGAUCAAGUUGUAUUGAAGUACCCAGAUUGCCAUUUUAUUCAAGACAUUUACUUGGCCUUGUUAUAA